GCCAACGAAUCAUCACUUUAUGCAGUCAGCCUUAGACAACUAAUAUAAGAGGCUCAACUCUUGCUAUCUUUCCCAGGAAAAAUAUUAUCUAGACAUUUGAUUUCUUCACUCCUCUAUAACACUAAAAUGGCUGUUGGCAGCUGUUUCUGCGGAAAGGUCAAGGUCGAAUAUGCUGGCCAGCCCUUGGCAUCAGCACUCUGCCACUGUCUUGACUGUCGCAAGCUUACUGGCACCCUCUGCACGUAUAGUUUUGUGGUCAAACGCGCCGAUCUGAAGGUCACCGGCAGUCCGAAAGCAGUGGCCAAAACAGCAGACAGUGGAAAGUCUUAUGAGAAUUACUUCUGUCCAGAGUGUGGAUCAUCGAUCUAUGGGCAAGAAGUAAAGGCUGAUGGAACUACCCCCGAGACCAUCGUCCUCCGGGCAGGAAUUCUGGAUGACAUCGAGACGAUGACUGAGCACAAGCCGGAGGUGGAGGUAUUCACUGACAGGCGCCUUAAUUGGAUCAGUCCUAUCGAAGGGGCUCAUCAGGUUCCUGGCAUGCUGCAGGCCAAGCAGUUCCUAGAGAGUAAGGAGAAUAAAUAGCUGGAGAUAUAGAUGGAG